GGUUUGUGCAUCUCCAUUUGGAUUUAUCAUCAUAACAUUACAUUAAUAUCGAAGAUACAUUCUACAAGAAAAAAAAUAUAUUAUCCAUUCAAUGAUUGUUUGAUUCCUAUAUCGGUGCCUAAACUAGUUUAUACAUGAAACGAUGUACAGUGUAAAUAUACAUACGCAUUAAUUAUUAAAAUGGAAUAUUGAUAGAAAGUGGAUAUAAUUAAGACAACGACUUCAGCACGACAACAACACAAUGAUACUUUGGAUAUGUGUUAUUCUCUGCGUAGUACGAUCAUGUAUUGCAGAGCCGAUCAUAACUAUAGACGGGAAGGAGGUGGACUGUGCGAAUGAUUGUGUGUGUUGUAAAGACAGCGAGACAGAAUGUCGUUAUCAUUACGGGUUUAAAGAUAACUAUUGUCAUAAAGGUUGCGUUGCCAUAAUAUUUGGCGACAAAUGUCAUAAUUCCUGCAAAGGUAACUGUUUUACGUGCGCCCAUAGCACAGGAAGCCCAUGUUACACAUGCAAGUACACAUUUUAUGACUUGAAUAGUAACUGUACCAACAGCUGUUCAGUCGGGUGCACUGGAAAAUAAUGUAAUAACGAUGGAACAUGUAGUCCGUGCAAAAUAAAUUUUGAAGGUAUUAUGUGUGACACAUGCAUACAAGGAUUUGAUGGUAGAACAUGCAGUGAAUGUGUACAUGGGUAUUAUGGUACACAUUGCGAUGAACCGUGUUCUGCAGGGUGUGUAAAUGGAACAUGUGCAAAAGAUGGCACUUGUUUAUGUCGCCCGAACUUCAUGGGAGUAAUGUGUGAUACGUGUGUUGAUGGAAGGUAUGGUAUGCUCUGUGGUCAGCUAUGCAGUGCUGGUUGUAUCAAAUUGACAUGCGAUAAAACCAAAGGCUCAUGUGCGUGUCUUCACAAUUUUUCUGGCGAUACAUGUGAGCAAUGCAAAACCGGGCUUUACGGAAAACUAUGUGACUUACCUUGCUCGGGUACAUGCAUUGGCGGAACGUGCUCACGAAAUGAUGGAAAGUGCACUGGAUGUGUUGCUGGAUAUACGGGUGACAAUUGCACAGCCCCUUGUGAUUUGACAUGCGCAACAUGUCUACAAACUGAUAAACAACACUGCAUGUCAUGUAAAAAUGGAUACACUGGAACAACAUGUCGAUGUCCUCCUAACUGUAACUGUGCAAGUGGAUCUGAUACAUGUACAUCGUGUACGGAGGGUUACGCUAAUCCUAAACAACAAUGUAAGUGUCAGUCACAAUAUUGUGGUGGGGACAGAUGUACUGAAUGUAUGGAUCAAACGUACUAUGCUGAUAAAGGAGCGUGUUGUAAAUGUCCAGAUAAUUGCGAAGGUGGUGUAUGCAAAAGUGGACCAGAGUGUUUGUCUGGUUGCAUUGAUGGCUUUUACGGUCUAGAUUGUUCUAUACGCUGUUCGUCCUUUAGUGCCAACUGUUCAAUAUGUAACUGGAGUGACGGUAUGUGUCUAGAAUGUAAAAACGGACUUUAUCCGCAUGACAAUGGAAGUUGUGUCAGUUGCAAUAGUAAUUGUAAAAACAAGCAGUGCAAUUCUGAAACAGGCGAGUGUACGAAUGGCUGUGUGGAAAUGUUUUGGGGGAGCAAAUGUGAUAUGGAUUGCAGUGUAAAUUGUGAAACUUGUAAGCAGCAUUUCGGUAUGUGUGAUUCAUGUAGAUAUCAAACAGUCCAUGGAGUUUAUUGCAAUGAAUCAUGCAGCUUCUCAUGUAAAGAAAGCAAAUGUGAUCGCAGUACUGGCCAUUGUUUAAACGGUUGCCUUGGAGAUAAUUUCGGCAUUCUAUGCCAGACAAACUGCCCUGCAAAUUGUCAGAAAAGUGGUUCAGACACGAGUUGUAAUGCCGAUGGGUUCUGCACAUUUGGCUGCAUUGAUGGCUAUGAAGGCGAUAAUUGCUCAGGUAAGACUUUAAUAAUAUUUUCCAACUGUGAUUCGAAUAUAUAA